AAGUGAAUGUAAAUCAUUAAUUCUCUACUGAGAGCGGACGUUCAGUAAUGGGACCCAAGUGAGAGAGCAGCGGCUAGCAAUCACUCUCCAGGCAGCAAGCUGGUUAUGACAGAUGUGGAGGAUGAGUUCUUGCUCAGAGAUCUGUGGGACGGAGCAUGUUGAGCAGGCGCACAGUACUGCCGAGAGCAACUAUCGGCGCUAUGGGGUUCGAUCGUACUUGCAUCAGUUCUACGAGAACUGCACCGCUUCAAUCUGGGAAUGUGAUGAAGAUUUUCAGAUUCAGAGAUCACCAAGCAGGUGGAGCUCUGUUCUCUGGAAGGUCGGACUCAUAACUGGUUCUAUCAUUCUGCUAGUUGGCUUGAUAGUAACUGUAGUUGGCUACACCGUCCCACCAAAAAUUGAAGCAUUCGGGGAAGAUGCAUUGCUUUUUGUGGAUGACCAUGCAAUGCAGUAUAACAGAGCUCUCGACAUCUGCAAGCUAGCGGGCGCCAUUUUGUUUUGCAUUGGAGGAACCAUGAUGGCAACAUGUCUGCUGAUGUCUGCUUUUGCCAAGAGUUAUUCGAAAGAGGAGAGAUACCUGCAGCAGAAAUUCAAAGAGAGAAUAGCGGAAUUGCAAGCUUCUACCCACCCAAUUACAAAGGCUCCGACUCCUGGAGAGUGUAAAAUACCUGUCACUCUGUCAAAAGUGCAAAAUGUUCAACCCUCUUCUGAAACCUGACAUUAAAUGUUCACAUUACCCUUGAAUUUGUUCACUAAAUGUCAGCUCCCUUGAUGAAGCAGAAAAUAACACACACUUGCAUAAAAAAAGCAUAAUCUAAAAAAAAAACUAUAGUCAAAUAAAUAAAUGCAGAAUUAUAGUACGAGCCAUUUGUGGUCUUUUUACCCCACUUAGACCCUUUGCUUAAGUCACUCCUUGUUUCACAUGCCGUUGUACCUAAAAUGUUAUCUAUUGAUUGGACUGAGGGUGGUGUAUUUGAUGCAUGUGUUUUUCCCCACGUAGAAUCUUGCUUUCCUUGAAGAGAGGUCUUGGUAGCCAUCACUGUAUAAACUCAUUUUUGGUGGAAAAAAUAAAAAAACACACCUCCCACCUAGUUGUUCUGAAUGGAAAGUCAAUGAUAUUUGGGCUACUACUGCACUUAGGUGGACAGACUGCUUACUAAAAUUAUUGCAACAUAUUUGACAAGAGGAAAAGCAAGUAGUCUGAGUGGGGUAAACCAAAGAACAAAUGCUUCAACCCAGUCAUUCUGCAUUUACUACUGUUUCCUACUACUUAUCAUAGAGUAGCGUGUAUGUAUUCAUAUUUUUUAUUUGAUUAUACAGUGUUUCCCUUUUGGGCCCUACCUAAAUAGCAGCAACAUUUUCAAAAUAUUGCGGCUCAGUUGCGGACAAAGCAUGAACAAUUGUGGAAAAGUAACUAUAGCUCUUUAAUAUUUGUGGUAAUUUACUAAAUCCAAUGGUAUUAUUUUUUCUUAAAUUUAAAACAAAAAAAAAACAAUAGUCUGAAAUGAUAAAAACGCUGCACUGCCAGAAAUCGCGGAAGAAGCCUAAUAUUGCGGAAUCUGCCAUUUCCGCAAUAUCGCAAAGUAGGGCCCGAUGAAUGGAAUUAUGGUGUGAAUGGGAGCAAUUACCAUUUUGCCUGAUAACAGUCAAUCUCUGCUACAAUAAAGAAACAAUGUAUUAAAAUUUGAAUAUAGGUAUUUAUUUUAAUGUGACAUAAUUAGCAUUCUUGACAAAAUAUACUUCUACAUGUUUAUGUGUAACAGCCAAGCUCAUUGGUUAAAAUGCUUAUGUUGCUAUAUGUAUAAGCAACCAUUAAAAAUGAAUAAACCCUGUUUAUGAGUAAACCAGUUAAUUCUGCUGUCUUUUAAAGUGGCAUUGGGAGCUGUGAGGUUUAACUACGCAAAACCAUUCUCUGAUGAGAGCUAUUUCUGCCUGUCAGCACUCUAUUAUCAAGAAAAUUAAACAAGCAGGAAAGCAAGAGGUAUACCGUUUGUUUACACACACAUUUAGGGUAUGCAAGGUUUCAAUUGUUGAUAGAAGCGCACAGUACUUACCAUCAAAGCAACUUUCCAACACUGAUCUUGUCAUACAUUUUUUUUACUGGUUUAUGUUAAAAUACAUAAUAACGUCAAGCAACUUAAAAACCACCCUUUGUCAUUUGUAUGGCGCUGUAAACCAAAAUUCAGCAUGGCAUUUUCUCCCUGUGGUAUCUUCUGAUUGGCUAAGUGGAAUUAAACUCAUUAAUUAUUUCACUGUUACAACAUAUGCUUAUGAUAAUUGUUUAAAUUACAUCUAUGGGUUUCCUGGAUGACAUGCAGUUCACGCUGUAGCAGCAGUCAGCAUUAAAACAAUAUACAAAUAAUACUGUUGUUGAAAAUGAUAAAUACUGUAAACUGACAGUGGAUAUAAUCCCAGUGAUUAUUGUUCACAGUUGAUAACUUUUAUCAUCAAAGGCACGAUAGUUUUCUGCAGUCCAAAUAUUUGAUAGAUUUUUCAUAUUUCUUCAAUCAGUUUUCUUGCCUGUAUAAUUUGCAAUUAAUCAUUUAUUUUAUGAGGUUUGUGGAAAUCGUGUUUUUUCAUAGAACACUGCUGGAGGAUUAACUAUAGACCUUGCCUAUGUUAUAGUGAGGUCUGUAAUAGAUCACCGGAUGGUAUUUCAGAAACAGUAUAAUGGGUUAAGGGGUAUUCAGAUGAGAAAACAAUCGAUCUAAAAAUAGUUUCAAAGGAGAUAUACUGUAAUUGAUAGAGAGGGUUUUAUCAAAGUUAUAAUUUAAUUUGAUAUCUGUUUUGGUGGCAAGCAGGGAUUGCAAUAAGAUUUUAGGCUUCUAAAGGCUUUCCAAAAAAAAAAAAAAGAUUGUUUGUUGGCUAAAUGAUUUUUACUGAGAUCUUUAAUGGGCUUCUUUCCCUGUUAAUUAUAGAGUAACCAUAAGGAGAAAACAUUAUUUUCUAAAAAGAACAUGGCUUUUCUAAAAUCUAUUUAACAGACUUGUGUAACUGUAUUCAUUUUCUUGAAUUGUGGAGUACACACAACAAUGCUGGUAGAAGUAAUUAUAUUUUCUGCUGUGUAAUCCUGUUGGUUGACCUUCAAUUAUAUUUUUAUAGUAGUUAGAGAGUUUUCCAUGUGUGGGAUGUGCUAAUUGAAUAUGCCCUUUUCUUAGAGGUGUAUAAAUGUAAUCUUUUCCUGAAAUAUAUUCAAUGAUGUUUCCUUGUGCAGUCAUAUUUUUCUAAGUAAUGUGAAAGCAACUAAGUUCAUGAAGCCAAGAUUUAUUCUUCUCCUAACUGAGAUUAAACCUUAAAUGUAUUAUAAUAUAGAUUCUUAGAUAAUCAGAUUAUUUUAAUUUACAGUUGUGACUUAAGAUAGUUUUGUCUAUUUUUAAAUGGAUUUAAUAAAGAAGAAAUAAAGAUCUGGACAAAG